AUGGAUCUUAAUCAUCGCUUGAAUGAAGUUGAACAAUCAUCAACUGUUUAUAUUAAUCAAGCUGAAAAAUUUCAUGCCGAAGCAACUCAAUUAACAUCUCUUUUAGAAAAAUCGUUUCUUGAAGCAGAACAAUUUAUCAAUAGUCGUAUGCAAAAAUUAUCAGCACAACAGACUGAAACAAGUCACCAAGUAGAUAAUGAACAAGCACGUUUAUUAGCUAUGCGUUCAAAACUUGAUACAACAUUAACGAAAUUAACACAAUGCCAUCAAGAAGCCAUACGCUUACAAUCAAAUACUGAUUCUCGUUUUCGUUUAAUGCUGAAUACAGCGAAAGGUCGUUUAGAACAAGUCGAAAGGCUUAAAGCAAAAAUGAUUCGUUAUGAAAAUUCACUUGAAAUAUCAUCACCAAUAUGUGAAGAUACAAAUAUGAUUUUAAAUAAAACUGAAAAUUCAACAACAAGAAAAUUUGAAGGUGAAUUAAAACGUGUAACUGAACAAUUAAAAAAAGUUAUUGACUUAGGUACUGAAGCUCGAAAUGAAACGCAAAUAUUACACGGACAAUACGAUACCGAUGUAAAUCGUCAAAUGGCUGUAUUAAUGCGUCAUGAUAAAACUGAACGUGAACAAAUGAGUACAUUAAUCGAACAUAAACAAAGUUUAAGACGUGAAAUUGAUUGGAUAUAUGAACAGAAGAGAAUGAUUGAUGAUUUUAUAUCUAGAAUGGCUCCAACACUUGAUAAAUGUUUAUGCGAAGGUCCACCGAUAAGUCAUUCGAAUCAAGCAGUCCGAUAA